AUGCGUUCUCUGCUGGUGGCAGCGCGCAGGCAGCCGCCCGCUGGCACCUUGGAGCGCGGCUCUGCGGACACCCCGAGGUGCGGAGCAGCUGCCGGAGCCCGACGCUGCUCCGCACCCCCAGCGGGGCCGCUUGAUGGCAGCGAGCGCAGAACCGCCGGCCCAAAGUCUCAGAGGUGCCUCCCACAUUCCCCGCAGUUGCACCUGCCCUCAAAGCCGCCACCACCUGAGCCCGGCGGGACCCCUGCGGCCAGGACACACGGGCGGCCGCUUCGCUGCAGGCACGGCUCGGUGCGCCCUCCACGCUCCCCGCGGCUGCCGGGACCCCGGCACGAGCGGGAAGUUUCGGGCCGGCGGGCGGCGACACUGCGCGCGGCGGCGGCGCGGGGCGCACCUGCGCGCUGGGAGGGCGGCGGGAGGGCAGGGGCGGAGGAAGAGGAGGGUGGUGUCAGGGGAGGGGAGAGGCGGUGUCGGGAGGGGGGCGCGGGCGGCGGGCAGGGCGCCGGUGCCGCGGCUAUCGCGAGAGGGCGGCGCCGCGGGGCGGGGAGCGAGGGCGGCGGAGGGAUCGCGGAUCCGGAGCCCGGCGCGGCCGUAACGGCCCCUCGGUGUCCCGUCAUGGCGGGGGCCGGCGCCAGCAGCACGGACAAGUGGGAGACGGCGGCGCGGCUGAAGGCGGCGCUGGGCGGCGAGAGCGGCGCGGCGGCGGCGGCGGAGCUGCGGGCGCUGCUGGAGCGGGUGCUGGCUCCGGCGGCGGGCCCGGGCGGCGGCGAGGCGGCGGGCGAGGCGCUGGAGUGGUGCCGUUGCCUUCUGUCGGGCGGAGAGCCCUGGGACAGCUUCGUGCAAGCCGUGCGGGCCUACGACCCGGCCACGCUAUGCGGCCUGGUUUGGACCGCCAACUUCGUGGCCUACCGGUGCCGGACGUGCGGGAUCUCGCCUUGCAUGAGCCUGUGCGCCGAGUGCUUCCACCAGGGCGAGCACGCCGGGCACGACUACAACAUGUUCCGGAGCCAGGCGGGGGGAGCCUGCGACUGCGGCGACAGCAACGUCAUGCGGGAGGCCGGGUUUUGUAAAAGACACCGGAUCAAAUCAAAUUCAAAUGUUCCAUGUGUUCCGAAAGACUUGUUGAUGAUGUCAGAAUUAGUUCUUCCGCAGUUCAUCUUUAGUCUGAUUCAGCAUUUAAGAGAGGGAUAUAAUGAGCCUGCUCUUGAUCUGCCAUCAGAGAAAGACCUUCAUAAAAUCCUCCAGGUUUUGGAGCCUCACGUGUCCUUCCUAGAAGACUUGACCAAAAUGGGAGGUGCAAUGAGAUCAGUUCUUACCCAGGUUUUAACUAGCCAACAGUUCUACAAAGAUCUUAGCUCUGGUGUUGGAGAGAACGCAUGUGCAAAGAAAAGUCAUGAAAAGUACCUCAUUGCUUUGAAAGGCUCUGGAUUGGCAUUUCCUGAGGAUAAAAUUGCAUGUGGUAUGCAGGAACAAGGAGCUGGAUCUAGCACAUUAUCUGUUCAAGGCUUGGCAGGUGGUACAGCAACAUCAGGACAAGGGGAUUCUUCAGAUGAG